AUGAGUAAGAGCAAACUUCCUGGUUUAAUAGAUGCGUUUCACACCACUUUACAAGAUUUAGAUGCUGACUAUAAAGCAUACAAAAAAUUAGAUUCAUCAAAAAAUACGAUACACAUGAACGAAGUGCGUUUAACUAAUUUAGAAACAUCUUUUGAUGAGGCUAGAGUCCUUCAUCAGAAAAUCGUUGAAGCUCCUACUGAAGAAGCAAAGGUUAAAUAUAUGGAUGCACUUACUUUUCAUAAUUUAAAAGAAAUUUACUUUAAUUAUUCGUGCGAGUUAAAAGAGCAGAUUUCCAAAAUUGAAAGCCAAGGUUUUCAGAAUAAGUCUUUGAUCGGAUCAAAUGCGCCAUCACCCUCAGUCGAACUUAAACUCCCUCCAAUUAAAAUUCCCACUUUUGAUGGUUCGCUUAAAAUGUGGCCAGAAUUUAAAGGGUUGUUUGAAGCAAUAGUAAAUAAGAAUACUUCGAUAUCUGAUGCUCAUAAACUCCAAUAUUUGAAAGGUAAUUUAUCCGGUGAGGCGGCUCGAAUUCUUCGAAAUACAGACACAAAUUUUGAAUCUGCGUGGGCGUUGUUAGUGAAAAGAUUUCAAAAUAUCAGAUUAUUGAAAGAUAAUCAAUUCAAACUUCUUUUCGAUCAGUCCAAAAUAACUCAAGAGUCAUCAGAAGAGCUCAAACUCUUAUUAGAUACGACAAACGAAGCGAAGCAAUCAUUAAAAAAUCUUGGGGUAGCUGUAGAAUCGUGGGAAGAUGUUUUCAUAUUUCAUACAGUACAAAAACUUCCUUAUACAACUCGUGGGCUUUGGGAAUCACAUAUUUCGACGCAUGUUGAUUAUCCUCAAUACAGCGUCUUAGAAGAUUUAAUUUUGAUGAGAUCGAGGACAUUGGAUGUCAUUGGACAGUCCUCCUCAGGUUUAAAUCACCAAAAAUCUAAAAAGACAUCGUCAAAUACGAAUAAUCUCUGCUUUAACUGCCUUUCAAAUUCACAUUUUACUCAAAACUGCACAAGCACAUUCACGUGUUCCACGUGCCAUCAAAAACAUCACUCGUUACUGCAUUUAAAUGGUGCAGCUAAUGCAACACAGGUCACCGAAAACAUUCCUGUACCACAAUCAAACAAAGCGACUUCCUCUUCCGUUCAUACUUCCCAAUCGGGAUCAGAAAGCACUGCACCUUUAACUGCAAUUGCUUCAGCAAAUAACGCGUGUCUAGCCGAAAACGAAAUUGCACCUGUUCUUCUGGCUACGGCCCUCAUCAAGUUUUUGAUACCUGCUGGCCAACCGUUGCUGCUGCGAGCAUUAUUAGAUCAAGGGUCAGAAUCGUCUUUCAUUACUGAGUCUGCCGCUCAACUUCUCAAUUUGAAAAAGGAAAAGAAUCGCGUUAAAGUAAUUGGCGUUGGAGAGAGCAAUGUAAGUACUUCAAAUUGGAAGGUCACUUUAACGAUUUUGUCUAACGUGAACACAGACUUUACUCUUCAGUUAAAUGCCUUGGUCCUUCCAAAACUUUCAGCUAUUCUUCCCACGCAUAAGAUACCUAUGUCUAAUUGGAAUCAUCUUAAGAAUAUAGAACUUGCAGAUCCUAAAUUCAACAAACCAAGUAAAAUCGACAUCUUGUUAGGCAGCGAUGCGUACUCUUCCAUUAUCCUUGAAGGAUUAAUAAAAGGACCACAAGGGACCCCUAUAGCCCAAAGAACAGAGCUUGGCUGGGUUCUGUCUGGAGGCAUUUCACCCGACAGCCACUCACAAGUACAAGCCUUUCACAUCAAAACUGAAUCUGAAUCCCUAGACCAAAUGCUAAGAAAGUUCUGGGAACUUGAAGAAAUUCAAGAUCGAAAGUUCCUAUCACCAGAUGAUGAAAAAUGUGAAAAGCAUUUUUGCAGAACACAUCAGAGACAAUUAGAUGGAAAAUAUGUUGUCCAACUUCCUUUCAAAGAAGGAACAUAUCCCUCGAUAGGGUUAUCUCAAAGGUCAGCGCUUGUACGAUUCUUACAAUUAGAAAGAAAAUUCAAAACAAAUUCGUUGUUCAAAGAAGAGUACACAAAAGUAUUCAAUGAAUAUAAAGAGCUUGGACAUAUGACUGAGGUACCACUUGCUGCGCUUAAUUCUCUUCACUACUUCUUACCUCAUCAUGCCGUGGUAAAAGAAGCUAGCUCGACUACAAAACUGCGGAUUGUUUUUGACGCGUCUUGUAAAACAUCCGAUGGUACGUCGCUCAAUGAUCAUCUUUAUAUUGGUCCUAGGUUACAAGAUGACGUCUUUGACCAUAUCGCAAGGUUUAGGAGAUUUAAAGUAGCAUUUGCAGCCGACAUAACUAAAAUGUAUAGGCAAAUUUGGGUCACUCCAGAUGAUUCAAUGUAUCAACUUGUGCUAUGGCGAGAUGUAGAAGGAGGAGAAGUGAAGGCAUACCGCCUUAACACAGUCACUUUUGGUACGGCCUCUGCACCUUACUUAGCCAUCCGAAUGCUCCAACAAUUGGCAUCUGAUGAACGUGAUGAUUUUCCUCUUGCAAUAUAG